UAGAGAAAAAGGUUAAUGACUUGAACUCAAAAUUAGAAGAUGUUUGCUUCUCGUGUUGAUGCUGAUUCCUAUUGAUGAAAAUAGCAAAUUCGGUCGAAAAUUAUCCAGAAAAAAAUGGUACAAACAUUUUGUUCUGAAAAAACAGUACUCUUCUGACACGACAUACAGACAUCAGACUUUCGGGUCAGGUGGAUCCAAGUGGAACACAGUCUGGGUCCUACACAUACCAAUAUCAUACACAAACAGUUGAUAUGUGUUUUCAAUCCACGACUACAAAUGCAAAGAAAAAUAGGGAAGUUAGUGGUGAACGAUUCUCCGAAGAGACUACAAAUAGUUGUGGAAGAGAAGCUGAUAUCCCUGUUAAGGUCAUGCGAAACGUGCACGCGGCUGCACCAGAUUCAAGCCCAAAUAGUCACUCAUGGACUACAAAGCAAUGAUUACGUCACCCCUAGUUUCAUCACGACGUGCGCGCGUCUCGGUAGAAUGGGUCACGCUGGAAGAGUGUUUAACACAAUGGCGCAACCAAACGGUGCCAUGUGGAAUGCCAUGUUCCGAGGCUUUGCCCUAUUGGAGUGUCCCUUUGAAGUUGUCGUUUUGUUCGCGCAAAUGCAUCGCGCUGGUGCUUCGCCGAAUUGCUUCACUUUCCCAUUGGUGAUGAAGUCGUGUGCUCAGGCGAACGCGGUUAGAGAAGGAGAGCAGGUUCACUGCGUGGUGGCCAAACGUGGUUUUAAGUCGAACGCGUUUGUGGGAACCGCGUUGAUUCACAUGUACUCCGUGAGAGGGGAGGUGUUCAUCGGGGAUGCUUAUAAGGUGUUUGGCGAAAUGCGCGAGAAGAAUGUCUUCGCUUGGACUGCGAUCAUCGCUGCUCACGUGGCGUGUCGUGACAUGGCUUCCGCAAGGCGUCUUUUUGACCUGGCGCCGCAGCGUGACGUUGUGCUGUGGAAUGUCGUCGUUUCGGGAUACAUCGAAUUGGGGGACAUGGUAGCCGCGCGAGCGCUGUUUGAUAAAAUGCCGAACCGCGAUGUGAUGUCAUGGAACACCGUUUUGAACGGUUACGCCUAUAACGGUGAGGUCGAAUCGUUCGAGAAGCUGUUUGAUGAAAUGCCUGAGAGGAAUGUUUAUUCUUGGAACGGGUUAAUUGGAGGGUAUGCUCGGAAUGGGCUCUUUAACAAAGUUUUGGAGUCUUUUAAACGGAUGUUGAUGUUACCAAAACAAGAAGGGGAAGGUGGUGAUGUUGUGGUCAUUCCCAAUGAUUACACAGUUGUGGUAGUGUUGUCCGCAUGUUCCAGAUUGGGGGACCUUGAGAUGGGUAAGUGGGUGCAUGUUUAUGCAGAGAGUAUUGGGUAUAAGGGCAACUUGUUUGUUGGAAAUGCUUUGAUUGACAUGUAUGCAAAAUGUGGGGUUAUACAGAAAGCACUUGAUAUGUUUAAUUGGUUGGAUGUGAAGGAUAUAAUAACUUGGAACACCAUAAUUAAUGGCCUUGCCAUGCACGGUCAUGCAGUUGAUGCUUUAAGUUUGUUUGAGCGGAUGAAGAGCAUGGGAGAGAAGCCAGAUGGUGUUACAUUUGUUGGGAUUUUGUCUGCUUGUACGCAUAUGGGGUUAGUGAGUGAAGGGUUUCUGCAUUUCCAAUCGAUGGUUAAUAAUUACUCAAUUGUGCCUCAGAUUGAGCAUUAUGGUUGUAUGGUGGAUUUGUUGGGAAGAGCUGGUCUUAUAGAUCAGGCUAUGGAUUUCGUGAGAAAGAUGCCAAUAAAACCAGAUGCGGUUAUAUGGGCAGCACUGCUUGGGGCUUGUCGGAUGUAUAAGAAUGUGGAAAUAGCAGAAGUGGCACUUGAGCAACUCAUUGAACUUGAACCCAACAACCCUGCAAACUUUGUCAUGCUUUCGAACAUAUACAAGGAUCUUGGAAGAUGGGAGGAUGUUGCCCGGUUGAAGCUUGCAACGAGAGAUACCGGGUUCAAGAAAUUACCGGGAUGUAGUGUUAUUGGGUGCAAUGAUAGUGUGGUAGAAUUCUAUUCCUUGGAUGAGAGACAUCCUGAGACAGAGAGUAUAUAUCGGACAUUGAAGGGAUUGACGACUUUGUUAAGAUUGAAUGGAUACGUCCCAAAUCUUGUGGAUGUUGCUCAUGGAAACUGAACGAGUAGGGAGGUAUCUUGAUGAUACCCAAAUCUUCAUUAACUGGCUCAGCAUUUGAAAGACCCAAUCAGUUCUAUAGACCAACGUCAAUUCUUCAAAUUCUGGGUCUGUUUUGAAACAGUGGAAGAGCUACAUGGUAAAAUCACAUAGUUUUUCAUCCUGCAGCUGCUUGUUGUCAAACUCAGUUAUUGUCAAAUUCUUGGUUGGUUGAUUGAUUCUCCUCACGCUUCUCGUCCUCUCUCAGCCAAGCACUCUUGUUCGUUUCUCUCCCCUAUUGCUCUUCCCUUGAAUGAGGUUAAGAAAGAGGCCCCUCUCAUGUUAUGUUAUCUCAGGCUUAUAUUUGCUUCUCGUGUUGAUGCUGAUUCCUAUUGAUCAAAAUAGAAAAUUCGGUCAAAAAUUAACCAGGUACAUACGCAAGCACCUUUGCAGUGAAUUUCCCGUCAUUCUUCAUGUGGAAGAUAUGAAGGCCUUUCAUCCCAAUCGUGCUUAUGUUUUGGGCUAUGAACCACAUUCAGUUUUGCCAAUUGGAGUUGUUGCAUUAGCUGACAACACAGGUUUUAUGCCUCUUCCCAAAAUAAAAGUUCUUGCUAGCAGUGCGGUUUUUUACACACCUUUUUUGCGACACAUGGACUUCGUUGGGUUUGACUCCAGUGACAAGGAAAAGGUUUACCUCUCUGUUGGAUGCUGGCUACAGUUGUAUCUUAAUACCUGGUGGAGUUCAAGAAACAUUUCUCAUGGAGCAUGGUUCUGAGAUUGCCUUUCUUAAAGCAAGGUGAGGAUUUGUGCGCAUAGCAAUGGAGAAGGGCAAACCCCUGGUGCCAGUUUUCUGUUUUGGGCAGGUAUUUAUUUCUUGCCCAUGUCAUUCUCUAGGAAAAAUGUUGCAGAUUUUGCGGACUCUCACACAUCAACUGCAAACUGUUAAAACUAAAAUGUCGCUGGGUAUUAUUUCCUUAUCUGCUAAUGUUGCUACUUUAUGUUUUAGAUUUUUUCUGGAUUCAAAUAAACUAUAACUUCCCUUUUGGUGUAAUUUUGUUGUAGUCAAAUGUCAAUAAGUGAUGGAAACCAGGUGGGAAGCUAUUUCUGAGUUUUUCGAGGGCUGUCAAGUUCACCCCAAUAUAUUUUUGGGGAAUUUUCGGAUCUCCGAUACCCUUUAAACAUCCACUGCAUGUGGUGGUGGGUAGACCAAUUGAACUCGA